AUGACGCUGGUGACGGGCAGUUGGCUUUUGGAUGCUACAUUGCUGUUGGUACCUCUGCUUUACUGUUACGCGACGCGGAACUUCAACUACUGGAAGAAGCUGGGAAUCCCCUACAUGGAGCCCACACCUUACGUUGGCAACAUGGGUAGCGUUGUGAUCGGCCAGAAGCACAUGGGGGAACCAGACUUCGAAUGCUACCGCAGGGCCGGAAACGCUCCGUUCAUGGGCAUGUUCGCCUUCGACAAGCCCAUCCUCUUGGUGAAGGACCCCGCUCUCAUAGGACGCAUCACGAGCACGGACUUUUCCACAUUCUACGCAACCAAUGCUAAGAUCGACCCAGCGACUGACCCGGUCAUUGCCACGUCUCUUUUUGGCCAACAUGGCGCAGGGUGGAGGAAACUACGUACUGUGCUAUCCCCAGCAUUCACUUCUGGCAAAAUGAAGCUCAUGUUGCACCUAGUGAACGAAACUGGACAGAUACUUGCCUAUCACCGCGAUUCCGCAGCCUCAAAAGGUAUGGCACAGCAGUGGAACUGA